UCCUCAUCCACAUCCAUGUUGUUCUUAAAUCUGCUUUCCAAGCGGACCAACCCGAGGUGAAGUGCUGCGUUUGCACCAUCGUGUCCGGAUGUUAUUGCAAAAGAAAAAAGAAAAAGACUGUUAUGAGCAAAGAAAUGUAAUUGGUAAUGCACUAUUUCAAAAGUUUAUCUCGUCAAGAGUUACGCCAGGAGGAAUGAGGCCAGAUUCGGAACAUGCUGUGGCGUAACCGUCGUCUUCUUGUGCCUUCUCGGCUGCGGUGACUCGACCGAAGUUCAAUGUAGCUCUUCCAUUCCCACAAUGAACUGUGGCACAUUCGGUGAAGAAUGCCCCGGUUCCGACGUAAGUCAUGUGUGGCAUUGUUGGCUCUUGCCCUGCUGGUGCUCAUUGUGACCUUCGCGCUUAAGUCGCUCGCCCCGGAAGACACGGCGUUCACCGACGGGAAGGAAAUCUCCCCGUACUGGAAACACGACGCAAAGAAGACCGAGGUCCAACAUGAGCGGCCCAGGAUGAGCAAAGCUGCCCGGCCGGAACCGGACGAAAAAUUGAUGGCCACGCUGAGCAAGUUCCCUCCACCAAACUACUACCUCCACGCCUUCUACUACAUCUGGUAUGGCAACCCCAGCUUUGACAGCAAGUACAUCCACUGGGACCACCUGCCUUCCGGACAACCCCCAAAAGCAUGUCAUCAAAAUGACAAUACAAGACUUUCAUUUUUUGGAACUAUUUCUUCUCCAGGUGUCAUCGCCGUUUCCUGGUACCCGACUGACACCAAGGAUGACAACGGCGAGCCCAUUGAUGACAUCGUGCCUCUGCUGCUGGAUGUGGCCCAGCGCUACUCUAUUAAGGUGGCUUUCCACAUCGAGCCAUACAAAGGGAGAGAUGAAGUCAACAUGUACGCCAACAUCAAAUACAUCAUUGACAAGUACGGCGACCACCCGGCCUUCUUCCGGUACCGCACCGACACGGGGAAGCUCCUCCCCCUGUUUUACGUGUACGACUCGUACCUGCUGAACACGGAGCAGUGGGCCCGCCUGCUGCGUCACACGGAGAGCGGCAGCAUCCGCGACACCCCGCACGACGCCAUCUUCCUGGCCCUGCUGGUCGAGAAGAGCCAGCAGCGCGAGGUGCUGAGCGCCGGCUUCGACGGCGUCUACACCUACUUCGCCACCAACGGCUUCACCUACGGCUCCACGCACCGCAACUGGGAGGCCGUGCGCGCCUUCUGCAAUGACAACGGCCUUCUCUUCGUCCCGAGCGUGGGGCCGGGCUACGUGGACACCGGCGUGCGCCCGUGGAACUUCCAGAACACCAGGAACCGCAUCAACGGCAAGUAUUACGAGACCUCGCUGAGCGCCGCGCUGGAAGCCAAGCCCGACUUGCUUUCCAUCACAUCCUUCAACGAGUGGCACGAGGGCACGCAGAUCGAGACGGCCGUGCCCAAAAGCAGCCCGACUCUCUAUCUGGACUAUUUGCCCAACAAGCCCACCAUCUACUUGGAGAUUACGCGGAAGUGGGCCGCCAUAUUUGGCGGUGAGCGCAGGAGACGGCGGGAGUGAUCCGCCUGGAACUUCAUUGACGGCAGUAUGCAAAUGAAGAACAUCUUUCCGUUGACUGCGAUUUGUGUGGGCGGGGGGAGGGGGUCGGGUGGAGACAGGGUCCAAGCCGUAAAAGUGGUAUCUAAUUGGGUAUUAAUGCCACAAGGUGAAGGCAUAGCUCUUGAAACAGAACAAUCAUAAAGCAACAACACCAUGCAUCAAGAUUGUAUACAAUCGUGAACCCUGGUACAUACACUGUAUUGACUAGUUAAAUUUUCCAACACAAACUACCUUCAUGAGCCUCUUUAGUAAUGUAGCUUAAAUGACACACUUGCACUCAUUGAUGUGACAUCAUCAUACAUGGGCAAACAAUAUAGAGAUUUUUCUUAGUAGGUUUUUUUUUUUCUCAACUAUGUAUUAGCCUGCAGCUGUACAGCAGUCCCUCGUUUAUCGUUGGGAUGACCUUCCAGACGCCCGGCAGUCGAUGAAAAUUCAAGCAUCAUGCACAACACCAAUACAAAAUAUGCACGUGAGGCACAGGUAUUACCAUCCUCCCCUUCUACGCUGUAGCAUCUGUGAGUUUGAAUGUGUGUAACAACCUUCACAUCGAGGCCCGGCCUGUUGAAUGACAUGGGAGGCAGUGUAUGAGAGUGAAGUCGGCUACUGUUAGCUCAGGUUAGCCGUCCCGGAAAUUGUAUUAAAGGUGGGUUAAGGGAAAGGCACUCUGCCUCGCUACCCUCGCGGUUAGGAGAAGUUGAUGACCCAGAGUUCUGUUUCGAAAAAUUGGCUUGAUCUAUCCUAUAGUAGAAUAUUUGUUAGGGAUUAAAUAUUUGUUAUGUUAUUGACUCGAUGGGCGUGUGCAUGUGGUCAUUCCUGAGCCCAUGAACGAGCACCCCGGAAAUCCACCAAGGUAUUUGAUUGUUGGUAAAAUAGUCUGGAAAUUCCGCCUUCAAUGGAUGGGUUUCUUUUGUUCCCAUUUUGUUCAAUAAAGCAACUGAAAUUGCA